CUUCUUUCCAUAUACACCUUCAUCUGAUCUCCUCGAUCUUUUUAUUUGUAUGCAAAUACAAAUUUGAAAGUGUAUUCUCCAUUUUUGGUUGAUCAUAUUGUCCAACGGAAUGAAAUCCUUUUGGAUGUAUCCAAAAAAAUAUACGGAGCAAUAUCAAUGAAUUAUGAAAAUAUCUAUCUGUACAUCUCUUUUGUACAUUAUUUGUGUACACUCCUAUUUUCCCUGUGUAAAUAGAUAAUUCAUCUAAAAAAGCAGAAAUUACUUGGAACUGUUAUGAAAUGUAUAAAUAUACACUUCUCCUCCCAACCCUAGCCCAUGAGUACUUGAUCAGGCCCAUGUAUGUAGCUAUAUAUACCCCCACUCUCCCCCAUUGUACUUAGUCCUAAUGAUCAUAUUCUAAUACAUUAUCAACACGACUGCUCCUCCCCACAAAAGUAGGAUCGCAAAAUAAUGAUAACCUCCUUCACUCGAUCGAUUUCCAUCGAUUACUUCACAGGGCCCAUCAAUUCGAUUUCCGUUCGACAAGGGGGAUUUCACUCGAUCGCCUUCCUCUUCACUUGUUGCACCAUCAUCGAUCGACCGUUCUUCCCUCAAACCACAUCGAUCGGACUUUUCGCUGCACUCUUUUUUCCUUACCAAGGUUUUGUCCCACAAGGUUUUCCUUGGCAAGGUUUUUAAUGAGGCAGCAUCCCUUAAGCGUAUUUUUAUAUACUCCUUAUGUAUUUUUUUAGUAGUGUAUAUUUAAGGGGGAGUGUUAUGAAAUGUAUAAAUAUACACUUCUCCUCCUAACCCGAGCCCAUGAGUACUUGAUCAGACCCAUGUAUGUAGCUAUAUAUACCCCCACUCUCCCCCAUUGUACUUAUCCCUAAUGAUCAUAUUCUAAUAGGAACAUGUAUACCUUAUUGUUGGAGGUAUUGGUCCUACCAAGGCUUCCCUUCCACUUUAUUUUGGGCUUGCACCCUAUGUUUAGUCCUACUUGCUAUACUCCAGUCCAAUUACCUUGCCUCUGUUUGUCUUGUCCGUUGCCCAUUAUUAUUGAGCUGUGUUGUUUGGCCCUUUGCUAUCUUACCUUUGAACAACCUGUCUGGAGCCCCCUUGUUUGUCAAUAAUACUCGUGAGCAAUAAUAGGCAGUCUGCCUAUUAUAUUAUUGUGCUCCUCCUUUGUGAACCGGCCUGCACAAAAACCUUGAGCAGAGUGUAUCUCCUCCUUUCCUUAGUGUGAGAGUUCCUUUGUGGAGUGUGAGUGAGAGGAAAACAUGGUGAGAUGGAGUGGCCUAUCCUAGUGUGGUGUGUGUGAGUCUAGUUAAAGGGUUGGAGACCUGAGCCGGAAGACGAAUCGAUCCUCAAGUAUCAGAGCCUGGUUGCCGUUCGCCACCGUCGUCCGCCGCCGCCAUCCGCCGUCGCCGUCGCUUGGAGCUCGCCGGAGGUCCAUGAAGGUGACUGGUCGUUCGCACGAGCUCUUCAUCCUUCACCUUGGUCCCUGGUUGUUGAAAUCGAGCCAGCCUACCUUCGUCACCUGGGAGUUGCCGGAACUCGUCGCUGGAGCUCGACGCUCGCCGCAGGAAAGCUCGCCGCCACAGGGGAGUUGCUCGUCGGAGAUUUGUCCUCAGCUGGAGCCGUGGUCGCCGGAGAUAGCUUUCCGCACGCUACCAUCGAACGCCAACCGUCGUCUGCCUGAAACUCGUCGCCGGAAGUCUCUUCUAGCUGGACCCGUUGAACAUUGUUGCUCAUACGACGCAGAGGACUGGGACGAAGCAGAAGACAGACCACAGAGCUAAACCUGGACACCUCUACGUAAAUAGCUGGAUUUGGGGCCGGUUGAAAUCUUGAACGCUGCUACGGUUCAAUUGAUGCACUUGGACGACUGAAGAAGCUCGAAUCUUGGACCUGGACACUGCGGCUGCUGGAGAAAGUGCUGGAACGCAAGAGUUGGAUUUGGAGCCGGUCAAAUCUGGAAGCUUAGAGGCUGGACCUGUUCGCUGAAGCUUAGAGGUUGGACUUGGGCUGUUCCAGGCCAUUGGGCUUCUGAGCUUGUACGCUGGAGCAGGGAUGCUGGCUGGAGCAGGGCAGUAGAAGGAACGCUGGUCUGCUGGGGCUUCAACAAUUUGGGCCGGACUGAUUUUAGGCUUGGACUUGGAGCUGGACCUGGAGCAGUGGAUAGACUCGGUCAACUGCUGGGUCAACUUGGUCAAAGCUCGGUCAACGCUGGUCAAAGUUAGUCAACAGUAAAAAAAAUCCCAAUUUUUAAAAUUGGGUGGGUAAGGUCGAAACGUCUCUCCUAGGGUUUCGCUCCGGUAUAUUGACCGUUAUCCCUUUUAUCGCUUUUGUAGUAAUUUAAUCUUUUAUUGUGUAGAAAUCUGUUUUAGGUUAAUUACUGCUUUUAAAAUUGUUUGAAUUGUUGUAUUGUGUUUGUGCUGAAAAUUUAUUAUUUAUUUGUGCUUAUACGGAAGAACAAAAGGUUUGAAGUUGAGUUUGGUGCUCAUUAAUACUCCCCGCGUGUUCGUGCUAGUUGCUCCGUAUAGUUGUAGCCUUAUAAAUAUUUAAAUUGUUUUCAGCGAUAUUUACAUUUUCUUUUGUUGCUUAUUUUUCUCUGUGAAAAUGUCUGCUUAUAAUCAGUAUGGUAUGACUCCAUUUAAUGAAAAAUCUGAUUUUAGCAUUUGGAAGCAAAAAAUUAAAUGUAUUUUAAUACAACAAAAAUGUUUUAAAGCAAUUGGCGAAACCUAUUUAAUUUCUGACAUAGAAGAGAAAAGGGCUGAAAUGAAUGAAAAUGCAUGUUCUGUGAUUUAUUUGAACUUAUCUGACUCUGUGAUUAGAAAAGUUGGAAUUUUAGAGAGUGCUAAAAUUCUGUGGGAUAAAUUGAAUGAACUGUAUAUUGAGACCCUCUUUGCUUCACCGGAUAUUUUUACUUGAAAAGUUCUUCAAAUUUAGACUAGAUAUGUCUAUAGAUAUUGAAGAAAAUCUAGAUGUUUUUACCAAACUUAUUUCGGAUAUUAAGUUGUGUGGUGAUAAGCAUAUAGAUGAUUAUUCCUCUAUUGCUCUUUUAAAUGCUAUUCCUGAUUCCUUUGGUGAUGUGAAAUCUGCUAUUAAGUAUGGUAGAGAUAAUGUGACUCUUGACAUUGUGGUAAAUGGUCUUAAGAGUAAGGAAUUAGAUUUAAAACAGAUGGGUGAGGGUAGAAAAUCCGAGGAAGUUAUGCACGUGAGGGGUAGAGAAAAUAAUAGUAGACGACAUAGAUCUAAGUCUAGGUCUAGUUCGAGGCGUUGCUAUUAUUGUCAUGAAUCUGGUCAUUUCAUAAGAGACUGUCCUAAAUCAAAGAAAAAUGAGCAUAGCGAGCAUGCAAAUUUGACUACGUGUGAAGAUGAUUUAGGUGAUGUUUUUAUGAUAAAAAAAUCUAUGUGAUUAUGACUAUUUGAGUUCCGUGAUAUCUGAUUCUUUGGGUAAAUCAGAUUGGGUGGUAGAUUCUGGUUGUACUUUUCAUAUGUCCCCGUAGAAAAAUGUUUUUUCAAACUAUAGAGAGAUUGAGCAUGGCUUUGUGUCUUUAGCAAAUGAGAAGAAAUGCAAUGUGCUAGGAAUAGGAGAUGUGUGCCUUAGGUUUUCUUCUGGUUAUGUGCUUACUUUGAAGAAUGUUAGGCAUGUUCCUGAGCUAUACUGUAAUUUGCUAUCUUGUGCUUCUCUUGAAAAUGUGGGUUUGAAGGGAAAAUGGGGAAAGGAAAUCAUUGAAGUUGUGAAGGGUUGCUUAGUUGUUUUCAAAGCUGAGAUGAAAAACAACUUGUAUGUUUGUCAUGCUGAACCCCUACUUGAUUCUGUGAAUUGUGUGCAACCCUAUGUGCUAGGAAAACAGUCUAGAGUUGGUUUUCCUGAUCUGCCUAAGUGUACUGAUGUGCUUGAUUGUAUUCAUGCUGACUUGUGGGGUCCUUAUAGUGUUUCCACUCAUGGUGGGAAAAAUUAUUUUCUGACGUUGAUUGAUGAUUUUUCAAAGAAAGUGUGAGUUUUGUUGAUUGAGAAUAAAUCUGAAGUUUUUGAUAAGUUUAAAAACUGGAAAACCCUUGUUGAAAAACAAACCGGUAAGAAAAUAAAUUUUUUAAGGACCACUGUCGGUUUUGAUUUCUGUGAUGAUCAGUUUGGUGAUUUAUGUGAUACUUGGGGUAUUUCUAUGCAUAAAUCUGUUCCCUCCACACCCCAACCGGAUGGGGUUGCUGAGAGGAUGGUUAGAACUUUAUUAGAGAGGGUGAGGGCUAUGUUAGCUUCAUCUGGGCUCUCUAAUAAGUUCUGGGGGGAAGCUAUUUGUUAUGCUGUUGAUUUGGUUAAUAUGUCCCCGUCUGUUCCCUUAGGAGGGAAAUGCCCUGAAUCUGUGUUCACGGGCAAACCACUUGACUUGCCAAAUUUGAGAGUGUUUGGUUGUGCUGUUUAUGUGAAUCGUGUGAAUGAUAAAUCUGAACCUAGGACUAAGGAAUAUGUUUUCUUAGGAUAUCAUGAAUGCAUGAAAGGUUAUAGGCUUUGGUGUAGGAGUGAAACUUGCUUCAAUGUGUUGAUGAGUAGAAAUGUCAUUUUUGUUGAAAGUGAAUUUCCUUGCCUGCUUGUUUCUCCUGAUGUUGCUCCGAAUGAGGUAGAGCAUUUGUCUGUUGAAGUUCAUUCCGAUUUACUUAUUGAAACCAAACCCAAAUUUGUGAAUGAAAAUGAUUUUCAUGUUGAAAAUAAAGAAAAUAAUAUUUCUAUUAAGGUGGAGCAUGAUAUGAAUGUUGUGUGCAAUAUGCUUGAGUUGCGUGAUUGCCAUGUUAUUAGAGAUAGAGACAUUAGGAAGCAUGUGAUAAAUAAUAUGUGCAAUGUGUUUGACUAUAUUUCCUCUGAGUCUGCUUUAAAUGUGCUUAAUUCUCUUUUAAUUAAAAUCUUUGUGAUAUUUGGUAUGCUAUUUUCUUUGUGUUUUGAAAAUGUGAUACCAAGUGAUUAUGUGAGCUCUACCUGUGCUAGUUAUAGAAAUAAUAUUGUUUCUUUUAUUUUCUGUGUACUUGCUUUGUGUGGUUGUUGGAUUAGUUGGAAUCCCCAACUUCUCCCGGAUGCUUGCUUGUGUGGUCUAUUAACAUGUGUUGUGCUUGUUAAUAGUUUUGUGAUGGUUUUGGUUCUGAACUCGAGGACGAGUUGGUAGAGUUCAGUCCAUCGUGAAUUGGGUUUGCAUGGUAAGCUUGGUCCGAAAGGGAACUUUGGUUCUCAUCUAUUACUUGUAUGAUCGCAAUGAUGUACUUGUAAUGGUCCGGCGAUGAUGAGUCUCCUCACAACUUUGUAUUGCUACUCUACAACACCUAGGACCAAUAAGGUAGAGAAUGUUGGAGGUAUUGGUCCUACCAGGACUUCCCUUCCACUUUAUUUUGGGCUUGCACCCUAUGUUUAGUCCUACUUGUUAUACUCCAGUCCAAUUACCUUGCCUCUGUUUGUCUUGUCCGCUGCCCAUUAUUAUUGAGCUGUGUUGUUUGGCCCUUUGCUAUCUUACCUUUGAACAACUUGUCUGGAGCCCCCUUGUUUGUCAAUAAUACUCGUGAGCAAUAAUAGGCAGUCUGCCUAUUAUAUUAUUGUGCUCCUCCUUUGUGAACCGUAGCCUGCACAAAAACCUUGAGCAGAGUGUAUCUCCUCCUUUCCUUAGUGUGAGAGUUCCUUUGUGGAGUGUGAGUGAGAGGAAAACAUGGUGAGAUGGAGUGGCCUAUCCUAGUGUGGUGUGUGUGAGUCUAGUUAAAGGGUUGAAGACCUGAACCGGAAGACGAAUCGAUCCUCAACACUUAUAUUUUACGAGUACCUGUUUUAUCUUUACUCUUAUUUUAUUCUUAAUUACAUUUACUUGCUCAAUUGAAAUUCAAUGCAUUUUUCAACAAUAAGUUAAAUGAACCUUUCAGAAAAAAUUAAAUGAAUUAUCUCCCACCUAUCACAACAAUUAACAUCAGCCCUCAAUGGCCACCGCAGGUUGCCUGUCGCAGCUGGUAAUCACAGGUUGUCCGUCAUUGCCAGCCAGUCAGCCACCCCGGCCCGUCAGAAAUUCAGAAUUAUGAUGAUAUUAUGGGCUAGUUCGCUUUUAUGAUAACAGUAUUUAAUUAGUUGACUACACAAUUGACAAAAAUCCAUAGUUGAGACUUUGAGAGACCAAAAAUAAAAAAUACGGAGUAUUAUCUUAACGGUUAUGGAACAAAAGGUUGAGUACUAGUAAAACGUCAUCUUUAUUUUAGUAUUUACUCCAUUAUAAUAGAAUUUUGUUUACUACGGAGGAGUUCAGAACAUUUAUUCCUAAACAUAAAAAAUUCUUGUGAAGUAGAAAAUUGAAAAACAAAAUAGAAAGAAAACAUGAGGAAGAAAAACAAAAGUCUACUUCAAUAUUAAGGGGGUCCUCAAUCCGGAAGUUUGGUGAGUUUAGAAUUUCGUACAAAUCAAAGGUUCCAUUGAAAAAGACAAAGUGCUACAAAAUACCGUAAGAAACAUUUCCAUCGUAAGAGUUUUUAACCAACUACAAUUUGACUUCGUGUGUUAAGUGUUAACAAUCCAUUCACUAAAUAUAUAAGGGGGUACUCGUUAUUUACCAUUGCUCAAUUGGACCGAAUUGAACUAGACAUACUACGAAAAAUAGAAAGUUCAUCCGUUCUUUAAUUCUUGCAAUAUUGAGAUUUUUACACUAUUAACAGACCUUACUUUGACCAUGAUUUUCUACUAAUAUACAUAAUCAAAUAAUUACGUACAAAAUGUUAUUGAAUUCCUAUCAAUGUGAAUAUCCAAAAUAUCAACUUUUUAUAAUGCUUACUAAUACAUAAUUAAAUAUAAUUAGUCAAAGUUGUGUGUUAGCAAAUGUAAGAGUAAAACCGUUGUAAGAAUUAAAGAACGGAGGAUAGUAUUAUUGAUGAUAUGUCAUAUGUGCAAUGAUUUGUAUUUGAAUUUAUGUGUUGUUCAUACGACAAAUCAAUCCAAAACUCAUUAGUCAUUACACUUGCUCAUAUCAUUACUUGUUUAUCAAUUAUGGUUACGUGGUUCGCCUGAUCUAUUUUCAAGUUUUUGGUUAGAUCGGUUCAGUUGUGAACGAUCAUGUUAUUCAUAGCUGACUUUGAUCUUUGACGGUAUUAAUAUAAGUCUUCGGUUUCAUUCUAAAAGGUCAGCUUUAUACCAAAAGUAGUCUAAAGUUAUAUAUAUUUAGUUUGUAUUUUCAUGUGUUCGGUGUGAUAUACGGAGUAGUUUUAUAUACUCCCGCAAAAUGGUGGCUCAUUGGUGCAGACUAAUCUUAAGUCUGUGUGCUAAUAGGUCGACUUCUUGAAGGUCGAGCCAGCACCCACACACUCCAUCGACUUCUCCUUGGUCAACGUCAGCCCCCCGCAGGUCGACCUCCGAAGGUCGAUUUUUCCUUUUUGGUCGACUUCGUGAAGGUCGGCACCAUAACCUUGGUCCAUUCACUACAAAAAAAUUCGGUUGUAGUCACGGAUUUAGUCACGGACCCUAGUUUAAAAAAUCAGUGACUAACUCUUUUAGUCACGGAUUUUGUCCAUGACUAAAUCCGUGACUGUUUGAAUUACACCUACGUUUAACAAAUUUUAACUAAUCUAUUCCGUUAAUUAAUUAACAACCUUUUCCUAAUUUUCGAAUUAACUAAUAUUUAAAUUUAACUAAUUUAGCUAAUUAAUUUAAGUUAAUGCGUCACUACGACUAAACCUACGUUUAACUAACUAAUUUUCACUAAAUUAAAUGAAGUUCACAUAAUUCACAAUAUUAAUUUAUCACACUUAUUAAGUAAUUUCUCAAUAAUUAACCCUAACUUAAAUCAUUAUAAAUCCUAAAUUAGGCAUUAACAAUAAUUGCUAAUAAACAAAUCCUAUAAUUAUAUUUAAGCAUAUAUAAACUCAUUUGAAUUAAAUAAUACUUACAUUUAACUAAUAUCAUCUAUAAUUUAUUUUAAUUUACGUAAUUUGAAUUAAAUACAACUUAAUUCAUUAUGUUUGAAUUACACCUAUGUUUAACUAAUUUUAACUAAUUUAUUUCGUUAAUUAAUUAACAACAUUUUUUAACAACAUACAUUUAACCUAUGUUUGAAUUACACCUACGUUUAACUAAUGUUAUUUAAUAUAUUUCGUUAAUUAAUUAAAAACAUUUUUUAAAUGCAUUUAAUUUACAUUUAACUAAUAUUAACAAAAAUUUAACUAAUUUAGCUAAUUAAUUUAACUUAACGCGUCACUACAAUUAAACCUACGUUUAACUAACCAAAUUUCACAAAAUUAAAUGAAAUUUACAUAAUUAAUAAUCUCUCUAGCUAAUUUAACUUGUUACUACAGUUAAUAUGAACCAAAUAAUUUACACAAAAAAACGUAAUUCAAAUUACAUACCUUAUUUGCAUAAACAGAGAAAAUGAUAGAAGAUGGCUAGAUUACAUCCUUCAAUGUGUUGUUUUUCUGUUGUUUUUCUAAACAGUUUGUGUGUUUAUGUGGAUGAACCAGCAGCUUCAUAUAUGGAAAAAAUAGUCACGGAUGUAGUCACGGAUGUGUCCGUGACUACGUUCGUCCGUACAGAUUACCAGUCCGAAUUAACUUUUGGGCGUUGGAAAAUUUAUUUUUUGGGCCUAGUCACGGAUCUACCGUGACUAAUUUAAAAUUCAAAAAAAAUCCCGCCGGAGGCAAACGUAGGUUGGCCGGAAUAAAGUAGUCACGGAUAUAAUCGUGACUAUUUUUAGUCACGGACGUAGUCACGGUCAUAUCCGUGACUAUUUUUUUUGAAAGUCCGUGACUAGUCCGUGACUACGACCGUGACAAACUAGUCACGGAUCAAAUCCGUGACUACUGUCCGUGACUACACGCGUGUUUUUUUGUAGUGUAACCCCUUCUUACUCAACAUUCUGUUAGCCAACUCAGCUGUAUUGGCAUGUUAAUCGAAUGAGUGUACUCAAUUAAUACUAAAAAUCCGAGUUUGUGUACUUAAAAAGAUCAAAUGCAAUAUAGUGUACUCUUCGCUCCACCUCAUACAAGUUGGUGUACUCAAUUGACAUUUUCCUCUUUUCCAAACAAAUUAUGCCCACUUGUUCUAUUGUUGUUAUCCGUUUUAUCAUAUAUCGAACUACAAAAAGUGAAUGUUGCAUAUAUUUAGCACCCGGGAUCGAUCUAAUUUAAUAAUUAAUGGUUCGUGAAUAUUUAGGAUGUUUUUACUUGGAUUGUAAUUUGUUGGUCUGGUCUAGUCUGAUCUGGUCUGGCCUGUGACGGAUUACAGUCCAAAUAAAAACAUCCUUAGCCGAAUUGAUUAUCCUUUUCCUUUUAUUGUGUUCUUGUAGAGUUGUAGACAGGGGCGGAGCCAGAGGGUCAGGGUGGUCAGCCGACCCCGUUGAAAGUUCAAGAAUGUAGAGCUCUGAAAUACCUUCGAUUUGAUAUAUUAUGGGUCAUAUAACUCAUUACGAGUAAAAAGUUAUGACUUCUGAAAAAAUCAGCACCAUCUUAACUUGAAAUAAACAAAAUUUGAUGUGUGACAUUGAAUAUAUUCUUAAAUUUAAAAAUAAAAUACCAUAUUCAGUCAUUAGUUGUGUGAACAUUAUGAUACAUCACAUAUAUAUCAAUACAUUAACUGAAAAAGACUCAUUAAAAUACAAUUUAUUUUAGCUACAUAUGAAACAUUUAAUUCAAGUAUUGCAUAAUAACUAUCCAUCAUUUUGAUACUGUGUAUAAUUAAACUCCGACCCUGUCGUUGUAGACUUAGCUUGUAGUUUUGAAAUCAAUGGAAUAAAUCAAUCUAAUACUUUACUAGACGGAAUUGAA